UGUCUAAUCCCAUCUAUAAUAGUGCUAUCGAUCAUUUAGGAAGGGACUUGAAAAGAUAACCACAAGAGCUUGGAAUUGAAACCUAACUGAUCGUUUCCCUUGGGCUAAACAGGCACACGACACUCCAAAACAAGUCUCUUGAACAGAGCACAUGCCAUCCAGGAUUGCCACUACCAAGGAUUAAUAACUGGUCAUCACAAUGCUAUGAUGAAUCCUCCAGAACUUCAGACAGAGGAAAUGCUGCGGCCACCUGUGAACCGCUCCAUGCGGGUCCUGGAUCGGUCGUUUUUCAAUCGCCGUAUUCCCCUCUCCGCCGCUCGAAUUUUCAACAGCCAAAACAUUUCCGCUGUCCGGAAUACGCUGACGAAGAGUGGUGACGGACUCUUCCUACCUCGUAUUACGACGAUCCGAAAAGAUCCGGAUCCAUCGUUGGCUGCAUCCGGACGGAAAUGCUACCUCCUCAGGCCUUCCUUAAAACACAAUGACCAAGGCAGCUGGGGGCCGACGGUUUCUGAGAUGGUAUCGCAGCAAAAUAUAGGUGUAAUACCAUACGAGCUGGAGAUCGGCUAUAACGACUGGACUUACCAGGAAAUUAUGGAAGCCAUCUUACCGGAGGAGGCUGCAGAAGGAGAGCUGCCUACUGGAUUCACAAACGUCGGGCACGUUGCUCACUUGAACCUCAGAGAGCAAUAUUUACCACACAAGCAUCUUAUUGCACAGGUAUUGAUGGACAAGAACACCUCAGUCCGAACGGUCAUCAAUAAAGUCGACAACGUCGGAGAGGAGAGCGAAUACCGAACGUUCCAAUACGAGGUACUUGCCGGACCGGACGACCUGAUGGUCGAAGUCAGCGAAGAGAACUGCCUGUUCCGAUUCGACUACGCCAAAGUCUACUGGAACAGCAGACUGAACACCGAGCAUCACCGAAUGGUCAACAACUUCAAACCCGGCGAGGCAGUCUGCGAUGUUAUGGCUGGAGUCGGUCCAUUUGCGGUCCCGGCGGGAAAGAAAGGUAUCUUCGUCUGGGCCAACGAUUUGAACCCUGACAGCUACAAGUGGCUCGACGAUGCGAUUACGAGAAACAAGGUGGCAAAUUACGUGCGACCAUUCAAUGAAGACGGAGGAAAGUUCAUCAAACGAGCAGCCGUAGAACUAUUGUCUACCGAUCACGGGGUCAAGAAGGUCGUCAAGGGGCCUUCGAAAAGGAAGACCUUAAACGCCGAUGGACCUAAAGGAGCGGAUGUCGGCGAACAAUCGGUGGUCAUUAAGCAACCCAAGUUCUUCUCCCACUUCGUCAUGAACCUUCCGGCGUCAGCCAUUACAUUCCUGCCUUCUUUCAUCGGCAUUUACGCGGGACCUGAAUUUGCCGGACAGGAGAUUCCCAUGCCCAUGGUGCAUGUGUAUACUUUUGGGCUCAAGGGAGAUGACAAUACACCGGAAUUUGAAAGAAUUUGCCGUGACGCGAGCGAGUUGAUCGGCGCUCCAGUGACUCUCGACGACCCAGAGACAGAGGUCUUUGAUGUCAGAGAUGUGGCGCCGAAGAAGAGGAUGUUUUGUUGCAGUUUUCGAUUACCAAGAGAGGCGGCAUUUCGAAAGCCGUGAUAAAAGCGCUAAUAUCCAAUGUACUUUUCAAAACGUGGGUUCGUGGUGUAUCGCUUAAAAUCAAUGAACCGACCGUCAAUUCCACUCAUUGCAUUAAAUCAAUAGGAG